UCGGUAUUCUACGCCGACAAGAAGUACGGUACGGUACCGUACUUGUGGUUCGAAACUACACCAGAGCCCCAGACCCUUAUUAUUGUUCAUUUUCUAUUUAUUUGGUGAGUUUUGAAUGGUUAACAUGUUGAUUAACUGAUGUCACACAUGACUGCAGGAAUUUAUUUACGGUACCGGUAAUUCAUUACUACUGACAGACUGAUUAAUACCGUAUAAGACAUAGUCCAGUAGUCUAGGCAGUAGGUCUAGUUGCAGAGUUGAUGAGUUAAAUACUGAAAUAGAAAGUACGGUACCCGGUAUCUAUCGACGUGAUACACUGAUUAUCAGUGUAUCAGUGACUGAUAGGACACCAUUUUCCGAUUUUCUGAAUCAUAUCACUGUAUCAUUUCUGCAUUCGGAUAUUGUGAGAAAAGAUGACUGCUUGUCCUCCUCCUGCUGUAUCCAGACUGGAUGUUGUAGAAGAAGAUGAGGAUUUAUUACAAGAGUCAUCUGUCAAAAAAAAUCUGCAAAGUGCAUUUGAUACACCUGUCGUUGUUAAGAAAAGAAUAUCUCGCCUCAGCCAGAAUUUUCAGCAACUGCCAGUGGAAUAUAUGAAAGUUUUCCUUCGGCUUCGACCUUUCACAGAAAAAGAAUUGAAAGAAAAUGAAGACCAGAGAACUAUGCGGAUUUCUGAUGACCGACAUGUUCUUACGGCAAUGGCACCAAAAGAUUCCAAAACAUUUAAAACAAGCAGCAGAGGUAUUGGUGAACCUGUCAGACAUUUCACUUUCACAAAGAUAUUUGAUCAAGCCACAAGUCAAAAGGAAUUCUACAGGGAGACAUCACAUCCUCUUGUCCAGGAUUUCAUUGAUGGCAACAAUGCACUGAUAUUUACAUAUGGAGUAACCAAUGCUGGUAAAACCUACACACUACAGGGGUCACAAGGAAAUGAAGGAAUCAUCCCGCAAGCUAUUGAUGUCUUGUUCAAUAAUGUAGGAGAUAAAAUUAUGAAGGAUGUUAAAUUUAAACCAAAAAUGGCUCACAAUCUACGCUUUCUAACUGAAGAAGAACAGGUUUCACAAAAUAAAAUUAAAGAAGAAGUUUUAUCUAUGGCUGCUGAGUCGAGAGCUUCUUUUGGUCAAGAUAGUUUGGAAUCAUCAGCAGCAACAGAAAUGACAGAUACAUCUGCAGAAGAAACUUUGUUGAGUACAUCAAGGUAUCCAAGUAUGGAAGGCUCAUCUACAAUACCAUCAGAACAAAUCCAUGGGCCUGUAAAGUAUGCAAUUUUUGUAUCAUUCGUGGAAGUUUACAGGGAGUUAACAUACGAUCUUCUCACUGCAUAUCCAAAAGAGAAGAAACAAACGAGGCCUGUACUUGUCAUUUCUGAUGAUGGAAAAGGAGCUUCUUAUGUGAAGGGAAUGAGAGAAAUUCAAGUGAAUUCACCGGAAGAAGUUAUGAAGAUAUUAGAAGUUGGACAAAGAAAUCUUCAUGUUGCAGCUACUAACUUGAAUAAGGACUCCAGUAGAAGCCAUUGUAUAUUCACUAUAACAUUGGUACAAGUUAUGGAUAUUCCAGAUCCUACUGGAGGCAGAGUGUCCAAGAUUUCUUUUUGCGAUCUUGCUGGUUCGGAGCGAGCUAACAAAACAAAAGAAGUUGGUGACAGAUUGAAAGAAGCUGGAAAAAUUAACACAUCACUUAUGAAACUGGGAAUGUGUAUUGAAGCUUUGAGGCAUAAUCAACAAUAUAAAGACGAUAAACAAAAACAGAGAGCUGUUUCAUUUCGUGAUUCCAAGCUUACAAGAUUAUUCCGAAGUUAUCUUUUGGGAGAAGGUCGUGCAUGCAUGAUAGUCAAUGCCAAUAUGUGUGCAUCUGGAUUUGAUGAAACUGCUCAUGUGCUCAAGUUUUCUGCCAUAGCUAAAGAGGUUCAAAUAAUCAACAAACCAAAACCAAAAAUAAAGUCCAGAGCUACAUUGUUUGAGGAGAAGUUCGAAUCUGCAAUGGAAGCAGUUAAGAGACCUCGAAAUACAAUUGCCUGGGAAAGAAAACUUACUCCUGUCAAAGAUCUCAAUGAGAAUCCCGAAGAAGAAGAAGAAGAAGAGGAAGAUGAAAUAUAUGAAGAAUCUGAAGAUUAUGAAUCUGAUUCUGAAGAUGAAGAUAAUAAAGAAGAAAGAGAUGUAGCUUAUUGGAAAAAUAGAGAGAAAAAGUUCAUUGAAUUGAUUGAAAUGAUGAAGAAAGCUGUGAGUCAGGAACAGAAGAACAGUAAAAAGAGAGAAGCUGAAAUACGAAGACACGUCGUUCAACAAAUGCAAAAUCAGAUUGUUCAAAUUGAAAACAGUCAUGAAGAACAAAUUGAAGAUACUAUAAGUCUUCUACAGGUGGAACAAGAAAAGAGACUUGGAAUUGUGAAAGAUGUAGUGACAGAAGAUAUCAGGAAAUUAAAGGAAAGAUUAGAUAAAAAGUAUUGGGAUGUCGUUACAAAAAAUACCAAUAUGGAACAAGAACUAGCGGAAUGCAAAGAACAGCUCAAAUCGAAAACCACUGAGCUCCAGAGUGUUGAAGACAAGGUAACAGCAACUGAUUUGCAAAUCAACAUGUUACAGAUGGAUUUGGAGAAAAAGGAAAAAGAAAUUGUGACACUUAAAAAUCGUCACCGUAGAAGUUCAAGUCGCUACUCGUCAAUGGAUAAAGAACAAUUUAUUUUGGAUCUAGAGAAAGAAAACGAAGAAGGUCGAUUUCUCAUAAAGCAACUCAUGGAGGAAGUGGAUGAGCAUAGAUCAAAAGUAGAGGAGGAACAGGAAGAGAAUAACAAAUUGAAUGAAAGUUUAAAAGCGGCAAACAAGAAAAUUGAGCAAUUACUUAGUCAAGAUCAAGAAUCAAAAGGAAGUGAUAUAGAUACAGGAGAACUUGAGAGGUUGAAAAAAGAACACCAAAGUCUUCAGGAAAAAAUGGUCAUUUUGGAAGAAAAAUCUGUGCAACUUUGUACGAAAUUGGAACUUAGGAAUGAAUCGGCUGCUGAAGACAAUGUUCUUGGGAACACUGAAUACUUACUUAAACAUUUACCUGAAUGGAUGGAUAGUAAUCAAGAAACAAUUUCACAUUUAACAUCUGAAGUAGAGUCGGAAAAAUCUGAGAAAUUGCAGAUCAAAUCCCUUCAUGACGAACUUGCUCAAAAAGUUGUCGAACAGGAUGAAUAUGUUAAACAAAUAGAACAGAUCAAAGCAGAUUUCACCAAACAGAAAGAACAAAUAGAAGUUGUUCACUGUGAAGAAAUGCAAAAAACGGAGAACGAGAGGAAAAUGGCAAAAGAUGAAUUUCAGUCGAAAAUAGAAAGUUUGAAAGAAAAGUUGAAUAAAGCAGAAAGUGAUUUGUCAGCAUAUUCUGAUGCAAAGAAGAAAAUCACUGAGUUGGAAAAUGAAUCCCUUGAAUCAAAGAAAUUUGAACAACAACUUAUGAAGGAGACUGAUCGCCUUCAUGCAGAAGUGAAGAAAUUAAAGAAAGAGAACUCUGAAGUUAAGCAAAAUUCAAUGAAAAGAACUUCUGAUGCUUCAGAGUUAAAACAAGAUGUUGCUAUAUUAACCCAAGAUAGAAAUGAUUUGCUGACUCGUGUUGAGGAUUUACAAAAACAUCUUGCUGAUACUAAAAAGGAGAAGCAGACACUCGAGGAAGAGUUGAGAGAAAACCUUGCCAAUACCACCACAGUACAACUUAAUACUGAGUUAUCUGUCCUGAAAAACACAGUAGCAGAAAAAGAGGCUUCAAUACAAAGACUAGAUUCGGAAAAACAUGAAUUGUCAACAAAAUUCACAAGUUUGGAGGAAGAAAUGGCUAGCUUUCAAAGAAAAGUUGAUGAUACACAAAAAGGGAUGAAAAUGGAAAAUGAAAAACUACAAAGAGAAAUUGAAGAUGUUAAAAAAUCGAAAAGCAAGUUAGAAUUAGACCUGGAAGAACGCGGGAAUCAAUCAGAUAAAUUACAGCAAAAUGUUGACAAUCUUAGAACUGAGCAUGACAACAUGACAAAUGAGCUAAAUGAUUUGAAGAAGAUUUUGGAUGAGAAGGAAAAGGAAAAGAAAUCAAUAGAAAAUGUUAAUAAGAAUAUUCAAGAAGAAUUAAAGAAGACAAAUUCAGAAAGUGAUAAACUUAGCAAAGAAUGCAAACAAUUCCAGAAAAACAUAACAUUAUUGGAACAGAAGGUUAAAAAAUUGGAGACAGAAAGAGAAACGAAUUCCAAGUCAAAAACUGAUACUGAGGAAUCCAAUACAAAAUUGACUGAACAAGUUAAAGAAAAACAAAGUGAAUUGAAUAAUUUAGAAAAAGAUUUUGAAGUAUAUAAAAUGAAUUCUGACGAGGAGAUAAAAAAAUUGAAGCAGGAAUUCGAAAGUCAGAUGAAAAAGGAAAAAGAUUUUUAUGAAAGAGAGUUGAAACAACAUGAAAAACAGGAUUCGAAAACAAAAUCAGCUGCAGAAGAAACCAAUGCAAAACUAACAGAAGAACUGGAGAAUAAGCAGGACCAAUUUCAUAAAUUAGAAAAGGAGUUCGAAAAUUUUAAAAAGAAAUCUGGACAAGAGAUGGAAGCAAUGAAAAAGAAAUUACAAAAUGAGAUUUCGAGUGAUAAAGCUACACACAAGAAAGAAUUGAAACAAUUGGAAACUAAGUUAACAAAAGCGAUUGAAAGUAAAGACAAAGAACUGACACAAUUCCGUGAAAAUAGAGAUAGAAUUGUUGCUGCUCUCGAAGUUCAGAUUAAAAAUGACAAAUCAACAAAUGAGUUAUUAAAGGCUAAUCUCGAUGAACAGAUGGCGGAAGUUGUCCAACUGAAAAGUCAAAAUGCUGCGGUGUUGGCCCAAAGUACAGAUUUGAAGAAACAACUGGAAAAAAAAUCAGCUAACUCACGAAAACAGUCAUUGAACAAGAGUGCAUCAACAUCUGCGGUUGUUAAUACCGAUAGUAUUGUUGCCGUCAAAAGAGAACCUAUGUCUCCACAGCAUCAGGAACAAGUUGUUUCUGCAAUGAAACGUCGUGCUGACACACUGUCACCUGUGAAAGGCAGCAGUGGUGGAGAAUCACAUUCUGGGGCAUCAGAAGCCGAAGUCACAGUUCCAACUCGCACCUCAGCAGGGAGCAGAAAGAAUAGUAGUACAAGAGGAAGAAAAAGAGGAGGCAGUAAUGUGGGAACUCGAGCAAGUUCAAGAAAAACCAAACGAGUUACUGGAAGGCCUGCUACACCAUUACCUGAGGCUGUACCAGCGGAGGAUGAUGACGAUGAUGAUAAUGAUGAUGAUUGGGCAGCCUCAUCUUCAAAGAAAAAACGUCAAACAACCAGAAAAACCAAUAUAAAGGCAGAAGCGGUGGAAGAACAAGGUGUACUGGAUGAUUCUGAAUUGAUGAGAGAAACUGGUAAUUCUCGUAAUUUUCCCCAACCCACUAUGGAACUAGAUGUCACUCCACAAGUUAAAAAAACGAAGAAAGCAAGAAAGCGAGGAGGAACAAAAAAGGAUGACCAAGAGCAUGAUUCACCUGCAACACGAGAAGAAUCUCCAUUCUCGAAACGAUUCAAAUUUUUUGAGAAAUUUAUCAGUAAUGAUGAGGAUGCAGGACCAGGAACAUUAAAGACAGGAAGGUCGCUGCGAGCAAAAACUCGUGGUACAAAUAAUGCUAAUAAUUCAAAUAAUUCUAAAACAUCGGAUGAAGACACAGCAUCAGUUUUAUCUCUUACGGCAUCUAAAAAUUUAACCAAAGUUGGAGAUAUGCUGAAAAAUUCACCAGUGGCUCAAGCUUUGAAAGCUGCUAAAGAUGCAAUUGGUCCUGCCACCAAGUCACCUAAGAAAGCUAAAAAACAACCAGAAGAACAGCAAAAGAAAUCUAGAAGAAUGGUUAAACUUCAUCCUGAAGAUAUUUCUCUCCCUCUUGAAGCUACACCUUCGCCUGAACAUAUUCGAGAUAUGGCCACAUCUCACGGAGUCGGAGAAACUCCGGCAAGAAUGAUGCGAAGACUUCGGAACAGAAGAUGAAGAAGAUGUAUAUAUAUUUUUAGCAUUGGCUAUAUAUGGAACGCACAAGAAUGCACAAAUUUGAAGGAAAAUGUAUAUUUUGUACUUUAACAGUUUUGGCAAAAAACGAACAUGAAAUUUCGAAUCCUGAUCCAGUUAAUGUAAUAUGUCUUGUAAAGCUUAAUACACAGUGGAAGGAUUUUUGUUUAUGUAUGUGUUGUAUUGUAGUGGAGUAUUUCAUUGCAUUUUCAGUCUGUCUCAUUGGAGGCGAAAUAACUGGUUAACAGUGGUGAAACAUUUAAUAUUCAAAACUUUUGGCAAGCAAUGGUAUUUAGUAUUUUUAUACAGUCUGAAGUAUUUUUUAUAACCAAACUUACGAAUGCUGCUUACUUUCGAUGUAAAUUUGCGCUUCCAUUUCCUGCCUAUGAUUUUCAUUAACUGCUAAGACAACAAUAUUUCAUAGAAUGUGUGGUCAGUGGGUUAAAUAAUAUUUUGAUAGUGCAAUGCUACUGAUUCUAAUUCACAGAGGACUAGGAGUAAUAUUGAGUUGCUAUUUGUGUUUAUUUAUUAUUUGUAUAUAAGUCAUAAGUGUUGACUGCCAGAGUUAUCUUUACCCAUGAUUUAGGGUUAGGAUAUUCCUAUCCUCUCUACAUGAACUGCUAGGGAACCAUAGUUUGAACAUAUCUACUUGUGGUUUGUGAGACGCUGAUUAAUUCUAUUUUCUUUAUUGGUUUGUGUAUGUCACAGAAUUGCUAAAUUUGAUAUUUCCAGACAAUAAAUAUCGAUGUUCAAUCAUA